CCUCAAAAACUACCCCACUACCCAUUUAUUCCAGCCGCAACUCACUCUUCCCUUCAAGAAUCACACCACACAAGAGCUUAAGCUUGAUCCCAUUCGAAUUCCCUUUCUCCUUUCUUAAUUUAUCUCCCUUUUCUCUCCCUUAAAAUCCUAAAAUCGAGAACUGUUUUUAUAGUUUUCUAGCAAACCGAAAGAGGAAGCAAAGAACAAGGAAUCAAAGGCAAAGCAAGGAUGAAAAUCAAACAAAUCAAGAAAUUUAUAAGGGACAUUGAAAAGGAUGGUAUUAAUUUUUUUUCUUCUCUUUUUAAUGGAGAUGGUACGAUGCAUACUAAAAUUAAUUUUGAUAACCAUGCUACUAAUGAAGAGAUUGAUUGUAGUAAGCUCAUUAGUAUUCCUACUAUGGAGGAAAUCAAAAGUACCUUGGAUAACAUGGAGGACGAAAAAGGAGUUGGGCCUGACUGUUUUACAGUUGAGUUCGUUAAAAAGUGUUGGGAUAUGAUUCAUUACGAUACGAUAAAGACUAUUCAUGUCUUCUUUGAGGAAUGAUGAAUUAGGGUCAUUGGAGCAAAAAGAUGCAAA